GCUAGGUUUUUAUUAUUAAAGUUUCGGGCCUGGAUGUGAUCCUCGGUGCAAGAAAUAUUUUUAGGGCCCUCAAUAUAGAGGUUGUAUGUAUGUGACAAUGAGUAAUGUGGGUGAAGUGUUUUUUUUUUAUAAUUAGAUUUCCAUUUGCAUAUUUUUUACAAGGAUAAAUUUAAACUGUUAUAAUGCCGAAGAGACUCUGUCCUUUCGAAUACGAUAUGAUACCUCAAAAGAAAGUACAUAUUAGCGACAAAGAAGUCUGUGAUGAGGAAUAUGGGAAGUCAGUGAUUGGGCUUUAGGACAAAAAAUUUUUGGCAUUCCUUCUGUUGUGCCAAACGUUGUCCCUGUCAGCAAUUUUCCUGUUGUAGGAAUUGGUUCAGGUGUGAAGUGCCCUAAUUAUUCUUGUACAGCUUGUGACCAACAUCCUCCACUCUUCCUCCAUGCUGCAUAAUGUCACCAUGUGUGUCAGAUCACCUGUGGCAUCUUUAUAUUGCUUUGCUAUAUAAGACAAUCAAAAUGUUGUUUGUAGGAGCCAAAAGAGUUGUGAAUGUGGCAGAGUCAAGAGUUACUGCAAGACAACAUUUGGAUUCUCCAGGUCUAAAACAUAAUUAUAAACAAAUGUUCCUGGAUAGUCGGUGCCAAUUGCAAUCUUGGGGCACUGUUAAGCCAGCCCAAAAGUUUCACUGCCAGGGCUGCAACCACCCAAUCAAGGAGAUUCAGUCCCAGUGUACAUUCUGCGAGAAAUUCCUUUGUACACAUUGCAUUGUGACAUGUGCCAAGUGCAAUGAAGAAUUCUGUAAUGCUUGCUCACUUGUCAUAUAUACUAAUGUUGAAGAUGAACACCUGUGUUUGGGCUGCUGCAGUUAACAACAUAUGAACAUUUAAAACAGUUUUGUUGGUGAUAGCAUCAGCAUGCUGGAAAUAAGAGAGAUGUAGGCUGAGUAAAAAGAAUUGGCCAGCUAAUGAAUGAUUGCUGACUGGGGGUUGAGAUUGAUGCUGUCUGUUUACGUCUACUACAGAAGUCUACCAGCGGAAAGCAACACAGGAAGAAGGAUCAUCAGCUGAUGGAAUAAUGUUUACAUGACUGUAUAUGUACAAUAUUAUUUAUACUCAGGCAAUAUGUGCUCAUCACUGGUAUGUCACCAUUUUUGAAGAGGCUGAAUAAUGUGUAUGCUAGGCAUAUUUUAUGUAUUUUUAACCACAGUAACAUCUAAUAUUUUAUACAUCUGUAAUGGGUAGGUAGGAAAUCAGCAUAACCUCAAAGCUUUCCUUUUCUUCCAUCAUUAAACAGAACUUGGGCCAGCUAUGUCUGUGAUGGUGUGCAGUUAAGUGUAUUUUCGUUGCAGGAAUAUGAAUUUUGCUUUACAAACUACAGUGAUAUGUUCAGAAAUGAAAUUUCAAACAUCCAAGUGAUAUGAAUAUACAAGUCAGCUUUGAACUUAACCAAAUGGAAACCAAAAGAAAAUGGAUUAAAGGUAUAAAAUGUGCCUGUCUGUUGCUGCAAUUUCAGUCAUACAGUAUUUUUUUUUACACUAUCUUACUGGAUGUUUAAUCCAAGAGAGCGUCUGUAAACUGUCUCUUUCUGAAAGUCCUUUUAUCCUAGCUGAGAAUUUUCUCAGAGUAGUAAAAUUGUUAUUAUUGUCUGUAUAGUAUUAAGGGCUUCAACUGUUAAAGUGUUCUGUUUCUGCUAUGUAUAACUAAGCAUCAUUACCACUUUCUUAAGUUGUGAAUUUUAUACCCAAAGAUAUUAACAUUUGCAUGUUACUGUUAAUUUUGCCUCUACAUAACAAGACUGAAUUUAUCAUCUCGAGUAUAUAAACUCCUUUAUUCCAAUGUCAUCUGUCACAGGCACAAAUAUAAUAAUCACAGUUUUAUGCAUGCCCAUGUUUCUGUGUUUUUUUUUAUAAUACAUUUUAUAAGGUGAUGGGAGAGAGGAAGAUAAUAAAUUUAAUGUUUAUAUAAA